AUGUACUCUGUAGAACGCUAUGACUAUUCUUUAGAAGCUGCCUGACCAAAAAUUUGCCACGCUCCAUUUCAGAUGGCUGAUCAAGUACUUGUGGUUGGUAGUGGUGGCAGAGAACAUGCUCUCGCUUGGAAACUGGCUCAGUCACCUUGUGUGAAGCAGGUAUUGGUUGCUCCAGGAAAUGCCGGAACAGCUAAUAGUGGGAAAAUCUCUAAUUCAGCUAUCUCUAUCAAUGAUCAUGCUGCCCUUGCAAAGUAUUGCAAAGACCAGAAGAUUGGACUAGUAGUGGUUGGUCCUGAAGUUCCUCUCGCUAAAGGAAUUGUUGAUGAUUUGACAGCUGCUGGUGUGAGAUGCUUUGGUCCUACAGCAAAGGCAGCUCAACUAGAAUCCAGCAAGAGCUUUUCCAAAGCUUUUCUGGAUAGGAACGGUAUCCCAACGGCAAGAUGGAAAGCUUUCACUAGGGCAGAAGAAGCUUGUUCCUUUAUUACUAGCGCAGACUUCAGUGCCCUUGUGGUAAAGGCUAGUGGUCUGGCUGCUGGAAAAGGUGUGAUUGUAGCUCCCAAUAAAGAAGAAGCUUGCAAAGCUGUUCAUGAAAUAAUGCAGGAUAAAACUUUUGGAGCUGCUGGAGAAACUGUUGUUGUUGAAGAACUUCUUGAAGGAGAAGAGGUUUCAUGCUUGUGCUUCACAGAUGGUGUCACUAUUGCUCCCAUGCCACCUGCCCAGGAUCACAAACGGUUAAUGGAUGGGGAUCAUGGUCCAAACACUGGUGGCAUGGGAGCUUACUCUCCAGCACCUCAGCUGUCCAAGGACCUGCUUCUGAAAAUCAGAAAUUCUAUUCUUCAGAAAACAAUUGAUGGCAUGAGAAGAGAAGGUGUUCCUUAUGUUGGUGUGCUCUACGCUGGAUUGAUGUUAACCAAGGAUGGACCUAAAGUUUUAGAGUUCAACUGUAGAUUUGGUGACCCUGAAUGUCAGGUAAUUCUCCCACUACUCAAGAGUGAUCUUUAUGAGACUGUUCAAGCAAUCAUUGACAGAAAGUUAUCUAGUCACAUGCCUAUUUGGCAUGAAGACUGUGCAGCUGUAACGGUGGUCAUGGCUAGUGAAGGCUACCCAGGAAGCUAUGCCAAGGGUCUGGAAAUAACAGGACUUUCUCAGGCUAAAGAGCUAGGCUUGGAGGUAUUCCAUGCAGGGACAACCAUAAAAGGUGGCAAAGUGGUGACCAGUGGAGGCAGAGUCCUCACUGUGACAGCAAUCAGAAAAGACCUUGUAUCUGCAUUGGAAGAAGCCAACAAAGGAGCAGGAGUCAUUCAGUUCAGUGGGGCCAUUUAUAGAAAGGAUAUUGGCUAUCGCGCUAUAGCUUUCCUUAAGCAAUCCAGGGGCUUGACUUAUAAAGACAGUGGUGUGGACAUUGCAGCUGGUAACACCUUGGUUCAGAAAAUUAAGCCUUUAGCAGCCGCCACGUCCAGACCAGGCUGCAAUGCUGACCUUGGAGGGUUUGCUGGCCUCUUUGACUUGAAAGAAGCUGGGUACAAAGAUCCAAUUUUGGUAUCUGGAACUGAUGGUGUUGGAACGAAGCUCAAGAUUGCCCAACUGUGCAACAAGCACAACACAAUUGGCCAGGACUUGGUUGCCAUGUGUGUCAACGAUAUCUUAGCACAGGGAGCUGAGCCCCUUUUCUUCCUUGAUUACUUUGCCUGUGGGAAACUAGACGUUGAGGUAGCCCAGGCAGUCAUAGCUGGAAUCUCCAAAGCCUGCACACUGGCAGGAUGUGCCCUUCUCGGUGGAGAAACUGCUGAAAUGCCUGGCAUGUACCCUCCUGGAGAAUAUGACCUGGGUGGCUUUGCAGUUGGUGCCGUAGAGCGGGGACAGAUGCUUCCUCAACUAGACAGAGUUGCUGACGGGGAUGCUGUUAUUGGAAUUGCUUCCUCUGGCAUUCACAGCAAUGGGUUUAGCCUUGUGAGGAAGAUUGUUGAAAAUUCCCCUUUCAGUUUUUCUUCUCCUUCAGUGGAUGGCUCUGGGGAUCAGACAUUAGGAGAACAACUGCUUACCCCUACUAAAAUCUACAGCAAGGUUCUGUUGCCAGUCCUUCAAUCAGGAUAUGUGAAGGCCUAUGCCCAUAUCACUGGAGGAGGGUUGCUGGAAAACAUUCCACGCGUCCUCCCAGAAUCAUUUGGAGUAGCUUUAGAUGCCUUUAGUUGGAAGAUACCUAAAAUCUUUUCCUGGCUCCAAAAAGAAGGAAAUUUAUCAGAAGAGGAAAUGGCUCGAACAUUUAAUUGCGGAAUUGGAGCCAUCCUGGUUGUACAGAAAGAGUUUGCUGGACAGAUUUUGAAGGACAUCCAGAAGCAUGAAGAUGCAUGGUUGAUUGGGAAAGUUGUACCCCAUCGAUCAGGGUCUCCCCGUGUUGAAGUCAAUAACUUGCUUCAAGCCUUACAUGCAAAUAAGUUACAGAUGCUGCACCGUCAACUAAGCAAAAGAAGGGUGGCUGUCCUCAUCUCUGGAACAGGUACAAAUCUGGAAGCUCUAAUAACCAGCGCUAAGAAGCCAAGCAGCUAUGCACAAAUAGUUCUUGUCAUUUCUAACAAGGCUGGUGUAGAGGGACUGAAGAAAGCUGAAAGAGCUGGCAUUCCUACCAAAGUAAUUGACCACAAGCUAUACAGCAGUCGUACAGAGUUUGACAGCGCAGUUGACAAAGUCCUUGAAGAAUUCUCGGCUGAACUUAUAUGUCUUGCGGGUUUUAUGCGAAUCUUAUCUGGUCCUUUUGUCAGGAAGUGGGCUGGAAAAAUAUUGAAUAUUCACCCAUCUUUGCUGCCUUCAUUUAAAGGCGCCAAUGCCCACAGGCUGGUAUUGGAGGCUGGAGUUCGAGUCACUGGUUGCACUGUGCACUUCGUUGCUGAAGAAGUUGAUGCUGGAGCAAUCAUCUUUCAAGAGGCAGUUCCGGUGAAGAUUGGAGAUUCAGAGAAGACCCUGUCAGAAAGAGUUAAGGAAGCAGAGCACAGAGCCUUCCCUGCUGCUAUGCAGCUAGUGGCAAGUGGAGCAAUACAGUUAGGAGGAGAUGGGAAAAUAAUCUGGUCCUUGGAAAAACAAAACUAACCCACUGCAGGAUUUAAGGUGUUAAGAAGCAAGAGGGUGAGGAGGGGUUGUUUAAUUUUUUUUAGCUUAUGACAAAAUUUUAUAAUUUUGACCAAGCCAAGAUGAGAAUGCUGACAGAACCAGACUGAGAAGGAAAUGUAUUUUGUACCAUCCAUAGGUCAGGCUCUGGCUUCUUAAGACAGAACUGUACUGGUGCAUCUCCAUACAGGGAUCUAUUUCUGAAAAGUGUACAAGUUCCUCCACGCUGUUCUGAUGGUUUGUGCAUAAAAUGCCUUUCUAAAUGGUAGGGGAAAACCUCUUUACUCAAAUACUAGAGCACAGAUUACAUGGUGUGUGGCAUCAUGGUUCUGCUUCUAGUGGUUAGCCAUGUGUUCUUAAAUCAGGCCUCAUAACCACUGUUUUGACAGAUUGAGUGCAUCAUUUGUAAAUUACCUCCAGAUUUAAGCUAUUUGUGAUCAUGUAGUAUUAACAAAUUAACACUCACCAUGUUAUUUUCCUACUAAAUGCCAAAUCAGUGCAAAAUCAACCCCAUUUGUUUUCUUGGCCAUAGUGGUGUUGUAAAAUCUUCUUGUAAUUGUUAAUUCCUUGUGAAAGAAUUUUUAAAAACCCACUGCAAUUUUAUAAAAAACUAUAGUGCUUUAGUUAGUAACUCUUCGAAGGAUUGCACUUCUAGUCCCUCCCCCAUUUCCAAAUAUGUGAUAUUAAAUGCUGUGACACAUUUGAAUGAAUACUUCAGUUAUUGAUCACUUUGGGAAAGCAUAUAAACAUUUUCUUGGUGUUGAUUUUAUCACGGCUAGUAAGCAACUUGGAACUCUCAGAAACUUGUCUAAUUCCUGCUUGAAAGCAAAAAAGAAUUUGAUAUCACAUAUUCCUUGUGUUAUUCAUGAAGCAUUUCCCAGUCUGGUGAAAGGAACUAAUGGAUAUGUAAGCUGCACAGAACUUUUUGCUAUUGCUGUCAAGCUCCAAUCGAAGCUGGACACCAACCACACAUACAUUUCUGUUCCAUGUUUACAUCUAAAUGUUCUAUGAUUUCAUGUCUCUUCUAAUAAAACAUUUCAUCCAUA